GGAAAGCAGAGGCCUGGCCUGGGUCUUUUUGGCUGGGCUGCCCCUGAAGGAAGGAGCCAGGCCCCUGGUUCGGAGGGGCAGCUGUUUGCCUGCGGCUUCAGCUGCACAGAGCCAGGCUGCAUCCCCACCCCUCUGCUGCCGGCCAAUUUCUCCCCUUGCUGUGGACAGGCCUGACCAGCGCUGCGGCACCACCCGUGACAGAGACGGAGCAGCAGGAAGCAAGCAGGAGAGGAGGGAGGGUUCCUGUCUGCAGCAGCAGCUCCUUGCGAGCCCCAGGACGCAGGCCCACUCUGCCCCUCCUACCUGCCGGGUUCCCUGCCCCCCAGAAAGGUGCCAUUCCAGCUGCAGGCGAGCAGCCUCCCCAGGGACAGAUUUCAGAGGAGUCACCUGCAGCAAGCCCCAGCCGACACCUGGGGAUGGAGCUCUGAGCCUGUCCGACCAGCCCCGUCCGGGGGAGAGGAAGGCACCUUGUGUGGCAGGCUGCCUGAGGCCUUUUGGGGCUGAGUGAGAUAGUCUGGGGAAGCUGGGGGUGGGGAGGGGAGACCCAUCUCCCCAGAAUGGAUUGUGUGGCCCUGCGCAGCUGCCUGGAGGGACUGGAGACAGGAGGCGCUGGGCUUGGGCUGGCUGCUCUGGGCUCUGCACUGCUCCUGCUGCGGAGGGGGAGAGUCUGCAGUGGGGCAGCUGGGCUGUGGAGACGCCUGCCUGACAGCCCCAGGGGCCCAGUAUAACGAGAGCUGGACAGGGACAGGAGGAGCCCAGGACAAUACCGGGGGACCCUGCGUUUCCCCAGGGUCUCUGCUUGGCUGGAUCAUUUCUCUUUGGCUCCCACCAGCCACCCCAGGUCUUUGCAGCAACAGGGAUUGCGGCGCGGCCACGCUGCUCCUCCAGCCCGGCUCUGUGUGCAGUUAAGAGAACAGACGCCUCUGGAGCCCGGGACCCUCGUGUGGGGGCCACCCUGCUUGCUGAAGGACUGGGAAGCCAGAAGGCAAAGGUUGUGCCAGCCAGGCUGAGGAAAGGGGCCUGGGACAACGCCCUGCCACUGAGAUCCCCACCUGUGUCCUGGCGCCAUGGCGCGGCCGAGCUCAGGGGCACUGAUUUCGGUCAGCGGCCUGGGCUUCCCACCACAGAACCUGGCCCGCGUGGUGGUGUGGGAGUGGCUGAACGAACACGGGCGCUGGCGGCCCUACACGGGCAACGUGCUGAAGGAGGACACCCGGGGCAGUGUGGUGCUCGGGCAGGUGGACCCCCAGCUGGCCCCAUACAUCAUCGACUUGCAGUCCAUGCACCAGUUCCGCCAGGACACAGGGACCAUGCGUCCAGUCAGGAGGAACUUCUAUGACCCCUCCUCGGCCCCUGGGAAGGGGGUCGUGUGGGAGUGGGAGAACGACAACGGCUCCUGGACCCCCUACGACAUGGACAUUUGCAUCACCAUCCAGAAUGCCUACGAGAAGCAGCACCCGUGGCUGGACCUCUCCUCGCUGGGCUUCUGCUACCUGAUCUACUUCAACAGCAUGUCGCAGAUGAACCGGCAGACGCAGCGGAAGCGCCGGCUCCGGCGCCGCAUGGACCUGGCGUACCCGCUCACCAUGGGCUCCAUCCCCAAGUCCCAGUCCUGGCCCGUGGGCACCAGCUCCGGCCAGCCCUGCUCCUGCCAGCAGUGCCUGCUGGUCAGCAGCACCCGGGCAGCCUCCAACGCCAUCCUGGCCUCGCAGCGGAGGAAGGUGCAUGCGGGCAGCAGCAACGGGACGCUGGCCGUCAGGCAGAGCAACACUUUCAGCGGGACAGCGCUGUGGUCCGCGGGCACCGUACCGGCUGGGGGG